GUCCUGGUCACACAGUAUUAAAGAGACCUACCACUAAGAGGACGAAAAAAGCGUCCUAGACAUCCGCUGCAAUUACGAAUGAACCAGACUUGGUAGCACAGGGCAUUGAUUGCUGGUGCCCAACCGGACGGACCCUCCUCCCCGCUCUCCCCUUUCCUCCCCCACCCGAGGCAGCCUCCUGCGGCGGCGGCCGGGACCUCGCGCCCCUGCAUCGUGGCCGGGGCUGCGUUUUUCAUGAGCCCGGGGUGAACAGGUGCGAAGUGCGGUGGGAGCAUCCGGCCAGCGGCCGGGCGCAGGGACCAUGGAGAGCGAGCGCGACAUGUACCGCCAGUUCCAGGACUGGUGCCUCAGGACUUACGGGGACUCAGGCAAGACCAAGACGGUGACCCGUAAAAAAUACGAGCGGAUCGUCCAGCUCCUCAAUGGCUCCGAGUCGAGCUCCACGGACAACGCCAAAUUUAAAUUCUGGGUCAAAUCGAAGGGCUUCCAGCUGGGCCAGCCGGACGAGGUCCGCGGGGGAGGCGGCGGCGCCAAGCAAGUGCUCUACGUGCCUGUCAAGACCACGGAUGGCGUAGGGGUAGAUGAGAAGCUGUCUUUACGGCGAGUAGCUGUAGUCGAAGAUUUCUUUGACAUUAUCUAUUCGAUGCAUGUGGAAACAGGGCCAAAUGGAGAACAAAUUCGGAAACAUGCUGGACAAAAGAGAACUUACAAAGCAAUUUCAGAGAGCUAUGCCUUCUUACCACGAGAAGCGGUGACACGAUUUCUAAUGAGCUGCUCAGAGUGCCAGAAAAGAAUGCAUUUAAACCCAGAUGGAACAGAUCAUAAAGAUAAUGGAAAACCUCCCACUUUGGUGACCAGCAUGAUUGACUACAACAUGCCAAUUACCAUGGCCUAUAUGAAACACAUGAAACUGCAGCUGCUAAACUCACAGCAAGAUGAGCAUAUUAAUUCAAACCAAAAUAUAAUUUUUUUCCCAACAGAUGAUUCUGCUGCGGAGAGUUUUAAUGGCAAUGAGACUCUGGGGCACAGUGCAAUUGCUUCAGGGGGAACGCAUAGCAGGGACAUGGGAGACUCCAACAGUGAUGGCAAAACUGGGCUGGAGCAGGAGGAACAGCCACUGAACCUGAGUGACAGUCCCCUCUCUGCACAGCUGACUUCGGAAUACAGAAUAGAUGACCACAGCAGUAAUGGAAAAAACAAAUAUAAGAAUCUUCUAAUUUCGGACCUCAAGAUGGAACGAGAGGCGAGAGAAAAUGGAAGCAAGUCUCCUGCACAUAGUUACUCAAGCUAUGACUCUGGCAAAAAUGAGAGCGUAGACCGAGGCGCUGAGGACCUGUCACUAAACAGGGGAGAUGAAGAUGAAGAUGACCACGAUGACCACGACGAUUCAGAGAAAGUGAACGAGACAGACGGCGUUGAAGCGGAGCGGCUGAAAGCUUUUAAUAUGUUUGUCAGGCUGUUUGUAGAUGAAAACUUGGACCGAAUGGUCCCAAUCUCUAAGCAGCCCAAAGAAAAGAUCCAGGCUAUCAUUGACUCAUGCAGGCGACAAUUCCCUGAGUAUCAAGAGCGUGCCAGAAAACGUAUACGUACUUACCUCAAGUCCUGCAGGCGGAUGAAAAGAAGUGGUUUUGAGAUGUCUCGACCUAUUCCUUCUCACCUUACUUCAGCAGUUGCAGAGAGUAUCUUGGCUUCAGCCUGUGAGAGUGAGAGUAGAAAUGCUGCCAAGAGGAUGCGUCUGGAGAGACAACAGGAUGAGUCUGCUCCAGCUGACAGACAAUGUAAGCCAGAGGUGGCCCAGGCUACUUACUCAACAUCAGCUGUUCCAGGCUCGCAGGAGGUGUUGUACAUCAAUGGCAAUGGGACCUACAGUUACCAUAGUUACAGAGGGCUAGGAGGAGGACUGCUAAAUCUGAAUGAUGCUUCCAGUAGUGGACCCACUGAUCUCAGCAUGAAGAGGCAGUUGGCGACCAGCUCAGGAUCCUCCAGCAGUUCAAACUCCAGACCCCAGCUGAGUCCAACUGAAAUCAAUGCUGUGAGACAGCUUGUUGCAGGAUAUCGAGAAUCAGCUGCAUUUUUAUUGCGUUCUGCAGAUGAACUGGAAAAUCUCAUUUUACAACAGAACUGAGUCAAAUGACAACCACAUUCACUGAGGUCUAAAUUUGCAGUUUCCACUAAUGACAUUUUGAUUUCCCAGCAGAGAUACUUCUGGUCUUACUGCAAAGUCUCUUAAGAGAAAUACUUCCAUUAUGCCACAUUGUCCUUGAUUCAUAAAGUGAUGUGUUAAGGUGCUUCAAAGGAACUCUGACCUCUGAAGUACUUGAGAUACUUUAAUGUGUCCAGCCUAUUGCUUUUUGUUUUAGUGUGUCAGCAUAAAUAUCAGGGGGAAAAAGGCUGUAUAUUCUUAAUUCAAGGAUAAAACAGAAGAAGCUUGUGGUAUAAAAAAUAGUUCAAGAUCCAACUGAAAUAUUAGUGGAAUUUGCUACUAACUCAUUGGACUGAAAGCUGAAGUCUCUGGCAAAAAAAAAAAAA